AUUUCGGUUCGCGCUGCGAUCUGUCGCGCUUUGAAGUCACCUCCGCUGGCGAGAAACUAAACGUUGAGUCAGUCCCACCAUCAGAACCACAUCCUGUGCGGCGGAAGACGAAGCAGGCGCUGCCCACCCCUGAAAGUCCAAUCGAGCUUCCCGUUCAAGAAAUCGUCCGCCACUAGAUUGAGAAUGGCAAAGCCACGCUGCUCGGGAUGGCAAUCCUUUAUUGUUCUUUUGGUCUGCUUGCCAAGCUGUAUAUCCUUAUCGCGGAUAGACGAAGGCCAGAGCCCGAGCGUAACCGGAAAGCCAGCCCUAGUUCGGACGGAGCUCCGCUUUGGACGGAACCUUGACCCCUCUAAGGUGCGAGUGAUAAACUUCAAGUCCAGCACGGGCGAUGAUGUAGAGAUCCUGGUCGGGAAAAACAGCCGCAAGGCCCGUGCUGAGGAUGCGGCUGGGUCCUUUUUCGUGCGAAGCGAGGAUGUCAAGCGGCGCCUCGUACCGCCCACAGGCAAGGUCAACGCUAGUGGUCGCCAGAUCACCUUUCAGCACAGCCCGGCGUUACUAAAGCAGAGUGAACUGGCUCAGCAGAUGGGCGCCUAUCACCAGCGCAAGGCUGAGGCGGAGCAGCGCCAAGCUAAACUUAUCCAGCUGCAGCUGGCCAAGGCGCAGAACAAGGUGAUAGAGCACCAUGCAGUGCAGGGCGACUCCCGCCGUGGUCGCCAGAUCGCUGUUGACGUGUCCUGGGAGAACUACCGCCCUCAGCUUCCGCCGACCCAGCCACCAAAAAUUUUCCGCAAGAACAUUUCGUUGGCAGCAGAUCGCCAUUGGCCACCAUUCGACCUGGACGAUUCGGUGGAGAUCCUGCCACGACUGCAUCGGUUGUCGCAUCGACCUGUACUCUCCUCUUCCAGGGACACGGAGUUCGCCGCUUCCGACGUGCAGGAGUACUUAGCGGGCGACAGAGAUACUCGGGCCUAUGGCAGCAGUGUGUCCAAUCAGGGAUACCGUCCCCACAACCUCAUAACCAAGCACAACUACAACUCUCUUCCGCAAAAGUCUAAAUACGUGACCUACUUGCCACACUCCGUAGUAGUGACGGCCAGUGCGGGCGUUGCCACGUCUACGACCGCACUCCCGCGGCGGCAAACUGGCGGCCACGGGGGUCCACACCACAACCCCAUCGGCCAAGGCAUCCAAAGUGUUGUGGAAGGCCCCGCUGUAACGCUAAUCGAGGGUGUCCGAGUUCCGGACAGCGCGGAGGACAAGGUGAAGACCUGGCGCAAUGCCCGCGUCCUGAACAAUCAGUUGGUGCCAUAUCCAGAGGGUUACACGCCGCCAAGGGCACAGAUGCCCAGUUUCGACCGAUAGGUGCGGAGUUGAUCAGAACCACUGGUGCUUGGUGCUCAACACUAAUUGCUAUUUAUUUAAUUGUAUAUUGUUAAGCUAUUUAUAAAACGUUGAUUUAAAGUUGUCAA